AUGUCUGACCUUUCUGUCGACCUCCUGGGCCUGAGAAUGUUUGUCUCAUGCGUCGGACUUGUAGGCAACGUCUCGCUCUUCCUUUCCAUCUUCCAGACCAGAGUGUCCAACAUUAAAUCCUUUGAGCUCUUUCUACUGGGACUCGCUUCAGUCAACCUAGGGGAAAUUGUCAGCAUAAAUGUCUAUGAUAUUAUCAUACUUGAGACUGUUUUCACCACUACCGGUGCCUGGUGGUGUCGCUUGCUUAAGUUCAUGACUACAUUUGGUGAAAUAGCCAGCAUCCUCUUCACCGUCGUCAUCUGCAUCUUCCGCUACCUGAAGCUGAGAGACGUCGACCGCAGGGGCAGCCUCCCGAUUUGCCUGGACAGCAUCGCAUCUGCCUGGAUGUUGAGUGGAGUUUGCGUGACGCUCUCCAUCCUCCUCAGUCUCCCGAUGUUUGCCAUUACUUUUCGAGGAUCCGUGGUAAACGUGACGGAAAACGGAGGAGGAUGCCCCAAGGAUUUCUUUCAGUGUGGUGAGAAUUACUGUCCCGUACUCAACUGUGUGUACAAAUACCUCAUCAUGGUGCUGUGCCACCUGCUGCCCUUGAUCAUCAUCACGGUCACCAGCAGCUUGACGAUUAUGGUGCUCCUGGACCACAAUACAGUGAGACCGGCCAGUGAUACCAUGUCCCCCGAUCACCACCUUGGGAAGAGUCAGGGUUUCUAUCGAAGUACGGUGGCUGUGGUAGCAGCCAUGGGAUUGUUUCAGGUAGACUGGACUCUCUAUCUAAUCCUUCAGUGGACUUUCAGCCCAAGUGUCAGUCCUAUUUGGAUUGAAAUUGAGUUCUUCAUCUCAGCUUCCUACAUGUCUAUUAGUCCAUAUGUGUAUGGCAUAGGGGGCCACUUGUUUUCUCUUGAGAAGUGCAAACUUUUGCUUAAGCGUUAA